GAAAAAUUUACACAAGCCAAUCAGAGGGCAGGUUGCCUUUUAAAACCGGGAAACUCGAAAUCAAAACAAAUUAGCAAGAAGUCGCUGCAUAACCAGUGUUCGAUUUGUUGGAAGCCAUGGAUGCUAUGGUUUAUCUUGAUCAAGAAAAUGGCACACUUGCUGCUCCGUCCUUAAAAAGUCGCCAGCGGCUUCAGUCUGCUCCUGAGCGUGUCCUUAAAACUCCACUGAAGACAUGGCUCCGAGCUCCUGCGCAGUCUGGCCGCAAAGCUUUGGGAACAGUUAAUAAGAUUGUAGCCACUCCAGCAACCUCUCAUAAAGGGGAUGUGCUGAAUAAACCGUUUGCAGUGCAGCAAUGUAAAGUGGCACCACAGCCUGUUGGUGAGGACUACCCAGAGAUUGAGAAGUGCUUCCCAUAUGACCCGAGUGACUUUGAAAUAUGCUCCGUACCAGAGGAAGUCUGUCUAAGCCGGUUUUCACUGGCUGGUUUGGGAAAACCGCAGUGGCGUCCAAAUCCCAUUGGAGAUGAUUUCGAUAUGAUUACACCAGGUUUGCCACUGUCUCCUCUCAAGAUGCCUUCAGUGCACUGCAGAGAAGACCUGGAAGCAUUCCUAGAAACCCUCAACGAAUUGACUGUGGAUUUGCCCCCUGAGUGUGAUUUAUGAUUAAAUAUUGCAUCUGUUUGGAAUAACUUAAUUUCUUAAUAAAGGUUUUUACAUUUUGCUUCA